UCAGUUUGCCCGUGAUAAAAGAAAAGGACAACUCAGUCAGACGUCCAGUUCUGCUUGUCACUUACACCAGUCGCCCGACUUGACUUCGAUGAUGAAGUUGUGGCUACCACUUUUGUUGGCCGUCUGGCUGUCAUCUGCGAGCGGAAGUAACAACAACAACAACAACAACAACAACAACAACAACAGCAAGCAACCAAACAUCAUCUUUAUACUAGCAGACGACUACGGCUUCAACGACAUCGGUUACCAUGGCUCACAGAUUGCCACUCCAAAUCUUGACAAGCUGGCGUCUGAUGGAGUAAAACUAGAGAACUAUUAUGUCCAACCCAUCUGUACACCCACUCGUAGUCAGCUCAUGUCUGGAAGGUACCAGAUCCACACCGGCCUCCAACAUGAAAUCAUCUGGUCGGAACAGCCCAACGGUCUACCCUUGGACAGCCCAACAAUGGCGGACAAGAUGAAGGAAGCCGGUUACGCCACACACAUGGUGGGAAAAUGGCACCUGGGAUUUUACAAGGACGAGUACUUGCCCUGGAACAGAGGAUUCGAUUCCUACUUCGGCUAUCUGACCGGAAGUGAGCAGUAUUUCAACCACAAGCGGAAGUACGUGGACGGCAAGGAAUACCUGGACCUGUGGGACAACCAGGGGCCCGUGUAUAACGAGACGGGUCACUACUCGGCCAAUCUCUUCACGGAGAAGGCUAUUGACCUGGUGCGGGGCCAUGGUCAGAAAAAGCCCCUGUUUCUGUACCUGGCCUACCAGUCUGUCCACUGCCCACUACAGGUGCCGGAGGAGUACGAGAGAAGGUACAGUCACAUCAAGGACGAGAACCGGAGACUGUACUCAGCUAUGGUGGCCGCCAUGGACGAAGGUAUCGGGAACCUGACCCAGGCGCUCAAGGACAGCGGGCUCUGGGAGGACACCCUGCUCGUUUUUUCCACUGUCUUCUGUGUUCGAGAUAUCUGUGUUAUAAGUUAUACUGUAUAUGAGUCAAUCCGUAGCCUACAACGGGAUGUGUGUUGCUUCCACAGCCGCGGAACUCCCAGCAAACGCACAGUCCUACUUCACAACAUCGACCCCCUGCGACCCAGAGUAGGCGUCCCUCUGUACAACGACACGUUCGACACCACGGUGAGGGCGGCUGUACGGGUGGGCCACAUGAAGCUCAUCACCGGAGACCCGGGCAACGGAAGCUGGGUACCGCCCCCUGCAGAGUCGCAGAAGUUUAUUCCUGACCGGCGUACAUCCCCUGACAAAAACGUGUGGUUGUUCAACAUCACAGCUGACCCGAACGAGCACAACGACUUGUCUGACCAGAUGCCGGACAUGGUCCGGACCCUCCUGGGAUAUCUACAACGGUUUAACCAGACCGCCGUGCCUGUACGGUACCCGCCAUAUGACCCAAGAAGUAACCCAGCCCUGCACGGCGGAGUUUGGAGGCCGUGGGAGUAGUCCCAUUGGGGGAUUUUCUUUUCUUUUUGUCGUUUGGGCUUUUUUCUAGAGAAUAAAAAAGAUAAGAAUUUUCAU